CUAAUACACCAUCUACACUGACGCUCAUCGUGAACAAACCGUCUUGUCCAUGGGGAUAUGAAAAGGUUUACGGACCCAGAGAAACAUUCUUUCUUCUGGGACCAAGCAGCAGUUUGUGUGUACCAUCGACUUCAUCUUCUGAACCCAAAUUGUCGUUUGUUGCGUCAAGCGAAGGCUAUUGUUUGUUGGUCGCACCCGAAGUUGCCCGAGUUGGGGAAACCGAGCUGCCCAAAGAUGCGUGGGCACAACCAACCGAAAUCAACUGUCCCGAAGGUGAGGGGAACUUUCUUAAAACUGACCAUUCCC